CACACUGAGGAGACGUUAUUGACCAUGAAUACGUUAACGCCAUUAGCUUUCGCUCUUUUGAUCAUCUGUUUUUUGCCUGUUAUGUUGGCGACGGUUGUUCAAGAUUUUAACCACGUAGAGAGAUGCAAGGACUCCCUGUAUAUGGGGACACCGCCACGGGGGAUCAUUGACACAAAACUGAAGAAGAUCUGCCAACGCUACGCAGACAAACCUCGUUAUGUGACCCUGUAUGACCCUAACAAGCGGAUUCCAGUUUACUCAGCUUAUACUUUCAAGAAAACAGAGGGAGACAGACGUGUCGACUACCCUUGGAUGUAUGAGCCACAGCUGGCAGAAGUCGAUGGAAAUGGAAACAUGCUGCCCUUCCCCACUGGCUACCUGCACAUGAAGUUUGAAGACAGCCAGGCAGUCCUGGAUGACUACUCUGAUGUGGUUCUUUAUGAGAGAGGUCACCUGAAUCCGGACCAGCACCAGUCCACCUCUCACGACCGCGCUGCCACUUACACCCUGACCAAUGUGGUCCCAGAGAUACGGGAGUUCAACAUCGGGCCUUGGCGUCGGUAUGAGGAGCAGAUCCGGGUCCGUCUCAACAACUACUGCCGUGGCACUGCCUACAUUGUCACCGGAGUGACCACCAGAGGCAACAUGAUCCGUCGCAACAACCAGGACCGCGUGGCCAUCCCAGAAGAUGUGUGGUCCGCUUACUGCUGCACUGACUACGACCGAAACGCACCCCACGAUGUUCGCAUCCGCUUCCCAUCCCAAGGAGCCAUGGCCAAAAAUGCCAAAGAGGGCAACAGCGUUCAUGAAAUGCCGGUCCAGGAACUUGAGAUUUUCCUGAAAAAUAAUAUGGACGUUGACCAGAACCUUCAGCUCUUCUAUGACAACUGCAUCUCUCCCUCACCCCUUCCUCUUUACCUGCAACACACCAUAUGAAAGCUCUCCCAGUUAUACCUUCUAUGUGCAUGUGGGUUUCUAUAUAUUUUCAUGAGUAACAGUAGAAAUGUUUGUUUUUUUUGCCAGAGUACAACGAUCUGAUACUGUCAGAAUUUUCUGUGGUGGUAAUUUAGAAUGUUCCUUGUAGCUGAAUUAUUCUCUUUAAAAGUUCUUAGAAAGUUCUUGAAGAUACUAAAGGAACCUAACUUCUCUCUUCAGUAAGGCUUUCUAGAUGAAUAUUCCCUGUCAUCAUUGAGACAAAUUUUACUGGAGA